AUGAAGGUCCAGGCAUUCGGAGCUCUCUUCUCCCUCCUCGCUGCGGCCUCGGCUGCUCCCGUGACGAGCGUCUCCAACCAACUGUCUCUCAGCAGCAAGCAACUGCAGAGCCUGCUUAGUGUGCUCGCUGCCCACGAUGUUGCUAGCACCCAGCAAGUUGAGCAGAGCAUUUCCUGCGCUGUUGCCUACACUCUGGCUCUGAGCGACGGACCCCCAUACUCCAUCGAACUCUCCACUCUUGAUCUUUCCAACUGCACCUACACUGGCCCCUAG